UCUCAUCUCUCCCAUCUAUUCUCAUCACCAACUCUUCCUACUAAUAAUAAUCCUAACAACCUUUAUCUUCUAUCAACAAUGACUAUCCCUUCCUCACCGGCACCCGGCGAAGGUCAGACCGUCUGCGUCACCGGCGCCGGCGGCUACAUCGCGUCAUGGCUCGUCAAACUAUUGCUCCAACGCGGUUACACCGUCAAAGGCACGGUUCGCAACCCAGAUGAUCCCAAGAACAUCCAUUUGAAAACACUUGACGGUGCUGCAGAACGCUUGAUUCUCUGCAAAGCAGACCUUCUUGAUUAUCAGUCCUUGUGUGCGGCCAUCUCCGGUUGCCAUGGUGUCUUCCACGUGGCAUCUCCGGUGACUGAUGACCCGGAGCAAAUGGUUGAACCUGCAGUGAAAGGCACAGAGAACGUAGUAGAUGCGGCGGCAGAGGCCGGUGUGCGCCGGGUGGUGUUCACAUCCUCCAUCGGCGCGGUUGCUAUGGACCCGAACCGUGGCCCAGACGUUGUUGUCGAUGAGUCUUGCUGGAGUGAUCUUGAGUUCUGUAAAAAAACCAAGAAUUGGUACUGUUAUGGGAAAGCAGUGGCAGAGCAAGCAGCAUGUCAAAGGGCUAAAGAAAAAGGUGUGGAUCUGGUGGUGGUGACACCGGUGCUUGUUAUGGGACCGCUUCUUCAACCUACAAUCAACGCCAGCAUUGUUCAUAUACUCAAGUAUUUGGAUGGAGCGGUUAAGACAUACACAAAUGCGGUGCAGGCUUAUGUUGAUGUCAGGGAUGUGGCCAUGGCACAUGUGCUUGUUUACGAGACACCCAGCGCUUCCGGACGGUUUCUUUGCGCCGAAUGUGUGUUGCACCGCGGUGAUGUGGUUGACAUCCUUGCUAAACUCUUCCCGGGAUAUCCCCUCCCUUCUAGAUGCUCUGAUGAGGUGAACCCAAGGAAGCAGCCAUACAAGAUCUCCAACCAGAGGCUUAAAGACCUGGGUCUCCAGUUCACCCCUAUGAGCCAAAGUUUCUAUGAUUCAGUCAAAAGCCUCCAGGAGAAAGGUCACCUCGCCAUUGCCUCUUGACAAAAUUCAGCAGUGGCAGCUAAAAAAAAAGAUAUAAUCUCUACAUGUUAUGUACUUAUCAUGAUGAUUGAGUCAAUCUCUGAUCUUAAAAGAGCAGAGUUAUUUGGUGAUUAUGUGUUCAUUUAUUUUCUCACGGAUGCAAGGUAUGCAAGACCUUUUGCAGAACAGCAUCACCUGGAAGUACAAGAAAAAUUAAUUUUAGUGUAAAAUCUUGAAUUCAAUGCAUUCAUCUGUCCUGAUGUUCACUGGAUGUCAAUGGACAUUAAGGAAGUCUCUACUUAGUUCUGAUACCAAAAGAGCUAUUUCAUAAUCAAGUGUAAUCACAUUUGUAAUCAGUUACCAGCUUUUAAUAUACCCUCCUACAAGUUUGAGAA